AUGAGUUCUGCACCCGGGACGGCUGAGGUUGAUAUUACGGCCAGUGGUGAGCGCAUCGUCGAGAAGAUUCCCGGAUCGAAGAUCGGGCAGCCCAAGGACAGAAGUCCUGUCCAAGAUGGUGGGCAAAACCCCGCUGCAGAAGCCAUCCCAUCUUUGCUGGUUUCUAGGCCUUUUUCGAAGACACAGUUGGCUCGGGCCCGUCGGUCUCAUACCAGCUCGCGUCCAGAAGUCCGGUCGCUAUCCAGAGCUCGUCCUAUUCGCAAAUUUUACAACGUCCAUUGCGGGGAAGAUACAGAAUCAGAUUCUGACCUCUCGUACCGCCAUCAACGGCCUCGAGCAACAGGCAGCAUCCAACAAGGCAAAUCACUUCCUCACCGACAUACCGAGGUUCCUAAAAACGAUCUGUACUCGUUCGACGCAAAGCAGGACCGUGAGAUCGUCAAACAGCGGAAAGAGAUAAAGCAACUCGAGAAAGAGUUGCAUCGACAGAGACACAAGAGGGAAGAAAAAGAAAGACAUCCUUCAGAGGAGGACCGAGGGUACGAAAAAGAUAUUUCGGAGCGGUUGAAGAGACUGGAUGAGAUUGAAAGGGGAGAGGCGCUAAUGAAGAGAGCCGAAAGGCGCGCCGAGGAGCAAUUUAAGAUACGAAAGCUAGAAGAAGCCGAGCUGCAAGCCAAGAGGAAAGAGAACAUUGAAGCUGCCUUGCGCGAGAAGGAUUGGAUGGAGAUGAAGAAGAAGAUCGAAAAGAAGGAAAUGCGGGGCCGGAUUAGGAAGGAGCUGCGCGACGAAGAGAUGCGACGGAAACUCAAGGAACUCGAGCGUAUCAAUCAUGAAGACAAGAUUCGGCGUGCUGCUGUAGAGGAUUAUAAGUUGGCAGAAGAGCAGCGCCUUCUUGAGGAAGAGCGGCAGAAGAGGCAGCUGAAUAAGGAGUAUAGAGCAGCCAUCGAAGCGGAGCUCGGAUAUUCCCUUGAGCAGGUUAAAGAUAUCUUAACUAAGGCGACAGGCAAAAACGUCCAGAAACAGAGUCGGGAGCGUAAGCAGGCCUUUUCGGCAACAGUUCAUGAUGUCUCCAGUGGAGAUGAAGCAGAUGUGGAAGCAAUUUGA